CUUUGAGAAGAAACCUGCUCUGGGGCAUUUGGAGAGAAGAGUUCAGUCUUUUACCAGGGACACAGCUCUAGCACUCCGGUGGGAGAAAAGGACAUUGUCCAGAGGCUGUCAUUGGCGCAAAGAGCGAAUGGCCAAGAAAGGGCUGGAGGAGGGAGAGAAAGACUUCGGAGGUUAAAAAUAAACAAGUACAAAAUAAGCAAAGGAAAAAAGAAAGCCCUGGAAGGCCGGUCUGGAAGUCCUCAGGGAAGCCGCACCGGAGGGGACCCAUCCUGGUCCUCAACUCUCUUUCCCUCCCUCACGGCGCCCUCUCGACCUCGUGGGACCUGACGGAUUGCAGGAAAAAAUCUCUACGGACAAAACCAAGCCUGAAGAGCCCUGAUGCUCUCCCCUAGUAACUGUUGCAGAGGCGAGAAAACUUUUAUUUUGUAACCAGACUUGCAGCUGGACGCCGAAACGACCCAACCGGGGGGGGUGGAGGGACGCUGCUGCAGGGUGCAGCAUCCCAAAGCGGACGAGGGGCGGGGGACGGCGGGAACCGAGCAGCCCCACCCCACUCCUGCAGCCCGCUGGGCCGCGCAGCACACCCCCGCGCCGGGCGCGCUCUCGCCGGGACUGGGCGAUCAGGCGCGUGCCUGCGCUUGCGCAAAAGGCCCACCCGCCCCAGCUCCUCUCCAGGUGCGCUCGCGCUUCCGGCCGGCCUUCCCGAGACGGAAACGCCGGAGCCCGCGCAUGCGCUUUAUGGAUGUCCUGCUAGGUCCGGGGAGGAGGCCCAAAGUUUCAGGUGAUCCCGCCCCUCCCUCGCAGCGCGGGGCCAAUCGCAGGGCGGUGGGCGGGAUUUUCGAGAAGGCGGUCCUCCCACGCGCUUCGCGAGGCGGGUAUCGAUUGGUUGGCGGCGCGGGCGCAGGUGCGCGCUUCCUAUUGGGUGUGGGCGGAGCGCGAGCCGCCGAGGCUUCUGCGGCGACUGCAGGUGAGCGCGCUCACGCGCCGCCGCUCCGGCCAGGCUCGGGUGCGCGCGCGCGCGGGCGUGCGGGGGAGGUGGCCGAGAGCGAGACUGCGGCGCCUGUCGCCUCUGCUCCGCCCCCUCCUCCUCCUUCUCCGCCGUCGCGGCCGCCGCCGAGGCCCGGAGGGAGGGAGUCGCGUCCCCGCCCGCCGCGCCGCCAGUCGGACCCUUGGUCUCGCCGCGAGAGGAGCCAGCCGAGCGGAGCUCUGCGCGGAGACCCGGGCCGCGGCCGCCCCCUCUGCAGGUGCCUGUGAGGAAGCGCCCGGGCCGCAGCCGCGUCCCCAGCCCGCCGGCCGCGCACUCGCUCCCUGCGCUCCCGAGGGGCGGCCCGGCCGGAGGAGGCCGCCGCGGGGCCCGGCCUCAGCAUGAACCGCAGUCACCGGCACGGAGCGGGCAGCGGCUGCCUGGGCACCAUGGAGGUGAAGAGCAAGUUUGGAGCUGAAUUUCGUCGGUUUUCACUGGAAAGAUCCAAACCUGGAAAAUUUGAGGAGUUUUAUGGAUUACUGCAACAUGUUCAUAAGAUACCCAAUGUUGACGUUUUAGUAGGCUAUGCGGACAUCCAUGGAGACUUACUACCUAUAAACAAUGACGAUAAUUAUCACAAAGCUGUUUCAACGGCCAACCCACUACUUAGGAUUUUUAUACAAAAAAAGGAAGAAGCAGACUACAGUGCCUUUGGUACAGACACACUAAUAAAGAAGAAGAAUGUUUUAACCAACGUAUUGCGUCCUGACAACCAUAGAAAAAAGCCACAUAUAGUCAUUAGCAUGCCCCAAGACUUCAGACCCGUGUCUUCUAUUAUAGACGUGGAUAUUCUCCCAGAAACACAUCGUAGGGUUCGUCUUUACAAGUACGGCACUGAGAAACCCUUAGGAUUCUACAUCCGGGAUGGCUCCAGUGUCAGGGUAACACCUCAUGGCUUAGAGAAGGUCCCAGGGAUCUUUAUAUCCAGACUUGUCCCCGGAGGCCUGGCUCAAAGCACAGGACUGUUAGCUGUGAAUGAUGAAGUCUUAGAAGUCAACGGCAUAGAAGUUUCAGGGAAGAGUCUUGAUCAAGUAACAGACAUGAUGAUCGCCAACAGCCGCAACCUCAUCAUCACGGUGAGACCAGCAAACCAGAGGAACAAUGUUGUCCGGAACAGUCGGACUUCUGGCAGCUCUGGCCAGUCCACUGAUAACAGCCUUCUGGGCUAUCCCCAGCAGGCAGAACCGAGCUUUGAGCCAGAGGAUGAAGACAGUGAUGAGGACGACAUUAUUAUUGAAGGUAACGGAGUGCCGCAGCAGAUUCCGAAAGCUGUUCCCACUACCGAGAGCCUGGAAUCACUAACGCAAAUAGAACUCAAUUUUGAAUCUGGACAGAAUGGUUUUAUUCCUUCUAAUGAAGUGAGCUUAGCCCCCGUCGCAAGUGGCACAGGUACAGAAACACGUGCUCCAGAUCAAAAACUCUUAGAAGAAGACGGAACGAUCAUAACGCUAUGAAACCUUUGUCUGAAUGUCACCAUAGGGACUUGUAAAUUCGGCUAGUUUAAAGCAUAUAUACCUCUGAACCAGUGACCUGGAGUAGGCAUGAGAAAAAUAAUAUUGCAAGCUUAAAAUGUUAUUAAAAUAGUAGUUUGAUAAUUGUUAAUACAAACUUUGGUUUGUCAGCGGUGAGUUUAAGUCUAAAAGGGGCCUUUGCUAAUGAAAUUAUGUGCUUUUGCUGUUUUGUCUACAGAGAACUGGAUGUUAGGGCACGUUCUCAGAACUACGAGAGGGCCAGAUCAUUUCCGUUCAAAGUGGUUGUGUAUUUAACCUGCUGUGCAGAGCCCAGUUAGCUUUUUCUUUUAACUAUAUAUUUUUUUAAUUCUAAUGUGAAGAAGUCCGAUUCUGUCCUUUGGUACUUUGGGGACCUCAGCUCCUGUGUUUCUUGUAUUUUAUCUUGAUUUUUUAAUGUUAUUCUUCCGUUGCUAAUGGUUACAAGUAAUUUUUUCAAAUGCCUUCUUUCCCCCCUAAUUUCUAAGAGAUCGAACCAAUUGACUGUUUUUAGGAAUUGCUUCCUAGGUCAUAAAGCAUUGAAGCCAUGGUCUUGAAUUAAGAAACUGUAACAGUUGUCCAGGUUAAAAGUUUGUUCAUCCUAUAGCUUUCCUAUUUACGAACUCAUUCCAAAUGUGUAUGACCUAACGUUGUAAAAGGCCGUUCCAUCAACUGGUGAUACUUGAGACCCCCUUAAUCUCUUCUGUCUCAUUCCCAUCUCAUUGAAAUCAUUCCUUUUGUCAUUAGUGUUUUGUUGGCGUGCUUUUAUACCCUUUUCACGUAUUUGAGUAGUAUGAAUCAUUUUGGAUUAAAAAAUGCACCCAAAUUAAGAGAUUUUUACACCCAGGACAAACUUGUGCACUUUUUGUAUGAGAUACGUGGGUUUUCCUUACUGGGAUUUCUAGGGACACUGCCUACACUUUAUGAGAAAUAAUAUAGUAUUCACCUUGGACAGGUAGCAUUUAUUGCUAUUAAUUUUAUGAGGCUAUUUAUUAUUUUCCGAUGCACCCACUUAGGACAAGUUGAAGGUAAGGCUGCUAGCUCCCAACCCUCGCCUGAUUCCACUGGACAACGUGCACAAGCACCGCUUAUAUAUAGAAACUAAGAAGAGUGUGGGGCGCGCACACGUUCCCUGUGGCUUACGGAUUUUCCUCUCUGAGUUAUUUAUUAUUAAUUUUAUGGUAGGGCCAGGACAGAUGGAUACCUUUAUAACAACUGUGUGCUAUUGAAACAAUGAAGAAUUUAAUGGCUCCGUUUUGAAGGAUAUUUUCUCUCUGGUAAAAACAUAUGAAGAAGUCUGGAUUAGAUGAAGGUGGCUGGACUCAGAACACUUCAUGUAUUUUGCUCACGGCACCACUAAACUGACAACCGCACAACAUUAUGUGACACUACUUUUUCGUUGAAGUCACCCAAGUUCUUCCACUUCUGUACCACUAUUUUUUAACGGCAUUCCAGCUUUAACAUUCUGUGAGUUAAUAUAAAUUUGACUCUUGAAUGGGAAAAUGUUAACACAUAGGUUAAAUUUCAUGCAUAUUUUAAGCGGUGCAGGGGUUUAACAUUUUAAGUAAAAAUCCUUUCACACACUACCUCUCUCCUUUUUUUUUUUUUUUUUUUUUUUUAACAAAAUUUUAACAUCAGAACUUCUCUCCUGGGAAAAAUACUUCAGGGCUUGACUUUUUGUACACAUUUUAACUGUAAAGUACAGAUUUCUAUGUAUUCACGAAAAUGGAAAUCAAAGCUGCUAGUGCUUUUUAUUUUAAUUAUCCUGCUAAGGGUAUAUAUGAGUGGUGUUUUAAGCUAGAUUUCUCAUUUAAAUUAUUGGUGACAUAAUUGAUUACUAGACGUAUUGUAAAGCCAGUAUAGACCUUGGUUAUACAAUAAAAUGUCAAAUCAUUGGCAGUCUCAAUUAUUUCAGGUGUACCUUAUUAACAAAAAUAUCAGUGGACUCCACAUAAAAUUUUGUAGUACUAAAUGUCAAGCCUAACUGUGAAUUUUGUUCUGUAUCUUGAGUAAAUUUAUGAUGUUCUCGUGAGCUAUCAACAAAAAUAUAUGUACUUUUGUGAACUAUGAAUUUUCUAAUUAAAUUUUACAUGCAACAUGAUUUUUACAUGAAUGAUACUUUGUUUAAACUAUCAAAUGUCAGUAUUUUACUACAAUUUUAUUAUAAAAUGUACAUUAUCACUAAAUGAACUUUGAUUUUAAAAAUCAAAUUAGUUUUAGUUGUAUAUUAUUUUUUACAAAUAAAGAUAGACUUGUAUAAAGGAUA